GAUGUUCAUUGUUAUCGCGAUGUAUGACAAGAAGUCGUCGGAGCUUACCUAAUCUUACCUGAAAUGAUUGAUAAAGCUUUAUCACACGACGAGGCUAAUCGUGUAUUCACAUAACAUUGGGGAUUAACUUUGCCUACAGAGGUGGACAUAUCGGGAUUUUCACUAUGGAGUACAACUACCUUGGCCGCACCGGACUGCGUGUGUCCACCAUCUGUCUGGGGGCCAUGACCUUUGGCCAUCCCGAGAUUGGCAAGCUGGACAAGGAUGCAUCUCACAAAGUCCUGGACCGAUUCGCUGCUCUCGGUGGAAAUUUCAUUGACACUGCAAACAUGUAUACCAGAGGGGUAUCGGAAAGCAUCUUAGGCGAGUGGCUGGUUAGACAAGAAAGAGAAAAAUUCGUAAUUGCCACCAAAGUGAGAAGUCCAAUGGGAGAUGAUGUGAAUAACGUUGGAUUAGGACGGAAACACAUUAUGCAGAGCUGUGAGGCGAGCCUCAAACGGCUUCAGACGGACUUCAUAGAUCUAUAUCAGGUUCACGGUUGGGACAAUGCUGUUCCCCCUGAGGAGUGGUUAGACGCUCUAGGGGAUUUGGUUAAAGCUGGUAAGGUGCGUUAUGUAGGUGUAUCCAACUUGUGUGGUUGGCAGAUGCAGAAAGUGGUGGAUCUCUGCAAGUCCGGCAGGUACCCGGCUGUAGUCAGUCUUCAGCAACAAUGCAACUUACUUUGUCGUCACCCGGAAUUCGAGGAACUUCAAGUCUGUAAAUAUGAAGGUCUCGGAGUGUUGCCAUGGAGCCCAUUAAAAGGUGGAAUGCUUACAGGUAAAUACAACCGUGGAGUAAGGCCUGAUAAAUUGGCGGGACGGAUUGGACUCGUCGCUCAAGAUGAAUCAAAAGCUAGGGAGAUUGCCCCGGCUUGGAGUCAGUACGAAAAUAAUGAAGAUUUCUGGAAACUAUUGGAAGCCAUGGCGAAGAUUGCCAAAGAUUGUGCAAAAAGCAUUCCUCAGGUAGCAAUCCGGUGGCUGCUUCAGAAGGACGUGGUUACCUCUGUUAUCAUUGGAGCCAACUCGAUUGAGCAACUAGAAGACAAUAUAGGGUCGGCAACAAACUGGCGCCUCUCCAAGGAACAGAUGGACGAACUUGAUGCCCUCUCCAGGCCGGAGACCCCGUAUCCAUACGAGAUGUCAUGGAGCUUUAACAGUGGCCGCGUGAACCCCUACCAUUUGUUUCCAUUCGUGCAGAAUACGUUUUGAUGGCCAAUGGUCCACUUAUCAUAAUAUAGUCCGAAAUGUAACCAGACAAUGACAUGAUAUCCCAGACUGCAACAUUCUGGUUUACAUAUAGAUUAAAAUACAGACUUAUUGAGAGAGAGAGAGAGAGAGAGAGAGAGAGAGAGAGAGAGAGAGAGAGAGAGAGAGAGAGAGAAUCUAUGACCGUUAUUAAUGCAUCAUCUAUAUUUUAUUAGCACAUCCUGGAUGAAUGGAGACAGUGUUUGCUAUUCCUUCCUAGUCCAAAGCCACCACUAUACGCUGCUUUAGGGGGAUACCAUUUUAUACUUUUAGGGUCUUAACAACACUUAAAAGCAUGUGUCAUUCUAAAAAAAAGUUUUAUACCUACCGGUACUGCUUGUCUACAUUCAAUCAUUGAUACAGUACAUGUAUUGAAGUUAUGUUAAGUGAAUUUCUACACAAUAUUUUCCCUACACAUCUAAAUUUUUCGCUCGUGUUCAAACCUAAUGAAUUAAACAAGAUUGGGU